AUGGCUCAGAGAAGAGUUCAGGAGGAGAAAAUAUCUUGUUCCAUCUGCUUGGAUCUACUGAAGGAUCCAGUGACUAUUCCUUGUGGACACAGUUACUGUAUGAACUGUAUUAAAGACUGCUGGGAUGGAGAAGAUCAGAGGAGAAUCUACAACUGCCCUCAGUGCAGGAAAACCUUCAGCCAGAGGCCUGUCCUAAAGAAAAACAUCAUGUUAGCUGAGUUGGUGGAAGAUCUGAAGAAGAUUGGACUCCAAGCUGCUCCAGCUGAUCACUGCUAUGCUGGACCUGAAGAUGUGGCCUGUGAUGAACAUAAAAACCAUGAAACAGUCCCAGCUGCAGCAGAAAGAGCUGAGAAGCAGAAGAAGCUCCAGGAGAGUCGACAACAAAUCCAUCAGAGAAUCCAGGACCAAGAGAAAGAUGUGAAGCUGCUUCAACAGGAGGUGGAGGCCAUCAAUGUCUCUGCUGAUAAAGCAGUGGAGGACAGUGAGAAGAUCUUCACUGAGCUGAUCCGUCUCCUCCAGGAAAGAAGAUCUGAUGUGAAGCAGCAGAUCAGAUCCCAGCAGGAAACUGAAGGGAGUCGAGUCAAAGAUGUUCAGGAGAAGCUGGAGCAGGAGAUCACUGAGCUGAAGAGGAAAGACGCUGAGCUGGAGCAGCUCUCACACACAGAGGAUCACAACCAGUUUCUCCUCAACUACCCCUCACUGCCAGCACUCAGUGAGUCUACACACUCAUCCAGCAUCAACAUCCGUCCUCUGAGACACUUUGAGGACGUGACAGCAGCUGUGUCAGAGCUCAGAGAGAAACUACAGAAAAUCCUGAUAGACACAUGGAUAAAAAUUCCACUGAGAGUCACAAAGACGGAUGUUGCAUUGCCAGAACCAAAGACCAGAGCUGAAUUCUUAAGGUGUUUCCAAAAAAUCACUCUGGAUGCAAAUACAGCAAAUACAUUUCUGUUGUUAUCUGAGGGGAACAGAAAAGUAACAAGAAUGAACCAACAAAUGUCUUAUCUUGAUCAUCCAGACAGAUUCACUGUUUGGCCUCAGAUCCUGGGUAGAGAGAGUCUGACUGGACGUUGUUACUGGGAGGUGGAGUGGGAAGGAGGAGGAGUUAAUAUUGCAGUUUCAAACAAGAACAUCAGCAGAGCAGGAAGAUCAGACGCAUGUUCAUUUGGAUUCAAUGACAAAUCUUGGUCACUGCGCUGUGACGCAAUUACUUGUAAAUUUUGGCACAACAAAAGUCAAACUCCAGUACCAGGUCCAGUUUCCUCCAGAAUAGGAGUUUAUCUGGAUCACAGAGCAGGUAUUCUGUGUUUCUACAGAGUCUCUAAAACCAUGAUUCUCCUCCACAGAGUCCAGACCAGAUUCACUCAGCCUCUGUAUGCUGGGAUUAGACUUUCUGAAGGAUCCUCUGCUGAGUUUGUUAAAGUGAGUCAGCAGUGAUCUGAAGUCCAGUUGGUUAAAAUGUGUAUUUUAGUUUCAGUUUCCAUCAUUGUUGUCAUUUUUCAGUCGUUAUGGAGCUACGUUGCCAUGUUUGUUGACAUCCAUUCAUUUUUAGAGACUGCCCCAGGGCAAUUGUUGCUACAAUCCAGUAAUUUGACACCAUCUGUUUCUGAGAGACUGAAUGUAAUGUGAUGCGUUCCAGAUUUGAUAAAGUGGUGUGUAAGAACAGACCAUUAAACUAUUUUGUUAAGGCCUGUUUCAUUAAUUUGCUUGUUCAGAUGAUUCUGUUGAACCACAUUUCAAAAGCAAUGUCUGAUUUUCAUUGGUAGAUUUGCUGUCCUUUAUUCAUUUAUUAUUACGUUUUUCAGUUUCAAGUUAUUUCAGUGACCAUUGUGGGUUGAUUUGUUAACAGAGGAGUGUCAACAUUUGUGUCCACAUGUGUAUUAGAAAAAUUAAAACAACCUCCAAAGAAGACAAAUUACAUCAUGAAAUUCAUCCACAAACGCAAACAUUUUUCAAUUUUCAUUCGUGUCUAACUUUAACAAAUUACACUUGGUCAAAAUGCCCUUAGGGCAUUGG